AUGGACAUGCCUUUCGAUGUUAGUGAACCUCAAGUUGAAGGACACGACGGCUUUGCCAGAUUCUACUGGAAACAUGACGAACAAUUGCAUCCUUUGAGAAGGAAAAAAGGAAAAGGUGAAGACGCACAUGCUCCCAUGGAAAGAACAAGAUAUGCAUAUGAAAAGUAUCGUGAAGUUAGAAGUCAAAUUACAUCUGGUCGAACCUUUACAGUAAACUUUGACGAAGGAAAGAACAAAGAAGGCUUCAUGGGAGUACUUGCUGCCAUACAAGACGGAAAUAAGAAAGGACACAAUCUCAGAUUGACCAUAACAGAUUUGGAUGGUCACAUUUACUAUGCACAUGGCAAUGAACAAACAGCCGCAAAACUUCUUGACGCUUUCAAGACUACAAAGAGAGAACAAAUGGUUGACUCCGACUCAGACAUUUUGAAUGCAAUUGAAGGAAUUGCAAGUGUCAAGUUCGAAUGGUACCAACCUAACCCUCAAGCAGUCAGACAACAUGCUGGAUACUUCCCGU